ACCAACCGUCCUCCCACACACCAGUCACCCUCCAGGCUUUCCAAGAUCCGAGUCAUCCGACAGAGCCCCUAAAAGAAAGCAAACCAAAUUCGUAGAUCCCCCCGCCUCCUCUCUCUUCGAUCCCAGCUAGCUUACUCCAGUCAGUGCUCAGUCAUGCUCGCCCCAAAGCCAGCCGUCUCAUCCAAGCCCCCCUCUCUCAAAACCCAGCACAGCCACCCGCUUCACCCCCGUGGGCCCCACCUCCUGCACGUGGUCCGGCGGCGGCCCAGACUCACCUUCACCUCCGGCCCGCCGUCGAUCAGGGCCGUGAUCAGCAGCGAUGACAAGCACGUGACCACCACGGUGAGCUCGCGUGACGACAGCCUGAAGGAGUUCUCGGAAACGGUUGAGGUGAGAGCGGUGCUGACGGUGAGGAACAAGCUGAAGCAGAGGCUAGUGGACAAGAUCGAGGAUCAGUUGGAGUAUUUUGUUAAUGGGAUUGGGCAGGGGAUCCUCGUUCAGCUUGUCAGCGAGGAGAUUGAUCCUGCUACAAACUCUGGGAAGAGGAGUGUUGAGACCCCGGUAAGGGGUUGGUUGCCAAAGCCGUCGAACCAUCCGUCCCUUGCUGAAUACGCUGCAAACUUCACCGUCCCGUCUGAUUUUGGCCGGCCCGGAGCGAUUAUCAUCACCAACCUUCAUGAUAAAGAGUUUCAUCUAAUGGAGAUUAUAGUUCAUGGUUUCCCUGAUGGACCCAUCUUUUUUCCAUCGAAAACUUGGAUCCAUUCCUGCAAAGAUAGCACCGAAAGCAGAAUCAUAUUUACCAAACAGGCAUACUUGCCAUCCGAAACCCCUGCUGGUCUUAAGGAAUUAAGGCAAGAUGUUUUGGUUCAACAUCGAGGAAACGGGAAAGGAGAAAGAAAGAAGUUUGAGAGGAUCUAUGACUACGCUCCAUAUAACGACUUGGGUAAUCCCGAUAAGGAUGUGGAUCUUGCUAGGCCUGUGUUGGCUGGUGAGGAGAGGCCGUAUCCUAGACGCUGUCGCACUGGAAGACCUCCAAGCAAAUCAGAUCCAACUGCCGAGAGUGGAGUAGAUAAGCCUGAUCCUGUAUAUGUUCCUCGAGAUGAAAAUUUCGAGGAGAUCAAGCAGAACACAUUCUCUUCAGGAGCGUUGAGGGCGCUGUUGCACAAUCUCAUACCAGCUAUGAAGGCUGCCCUUUCUCAUUCAGAUAGCCAAUUCGAGUGCUUCUCUGAUAUAGAUAGGCUAUACAAAGAAGGGGUGUCUUUAAACAGUGAUGAACCAAAGUUUAUGGAUAGAUUCAUUAUUCCAUCUUUGAUGACAAAGGUCAUGACCAUUGGUGAAAGAUUGAUAAAAUAUGACAUCCCUUCAAUUAUAUCAAGAGAUAGAUUUUCUUGGUUGCGUGACAAUGAGUUUGCACGCCAGACUCUGGCCGGUGUAAAUCCAGUGUCUAUUAAGAGACUGAGAGAGUUUCCUAUUCUUAGCAAAUUAGAUCCAGCAGUAUUCGGCCCUCCAGAGUCUGCAAUAACUAAAGAGUGCUUAGAACACGAACUAAAUGGAAUGAGCCUUGAAGAUGCAAUGGAGAGCAACAGAUUAUUUAUUCUCGACUAUCAUGAUCUCCUCUUGCCCUUUAUCAAACGAAUGAACUCUUUGAAGGGGAGGAAGUCCUAUGCUUCGAGGACUGUAUUUUUCCUCACUCAAACUGGAAAUCUUAGACCUAUUGCGAUUGAGCUUAGCUUGCCACCUUCAUCUUCUUCUUCAUUGAGAAAAAAGGUCUACACUCAUGGGCACGAUGCAACAGCGUUCUGGAUUUGGAAAUUAGCAAAAGCUCAUGUUUGUUCUAACGAUGCUGGUGUUCAUCAACUUGUGAACCAUUGGUUGAGGACUCAUGCUUGCAUGGAACCAUACAUCAUUGCUUCUCAUAGGCAGCUUAGCUCAAUGCAUCCGAUUUUUAAGCUGCUCCAUCCUCACAUGAGAUACACAAUGGAAAUCAAUGCAUUGGCACGUCAGAGUUUGAUAAAUGGAGGGGGAAUUAUAGAGGGCUGUUUUAGCCCUGAAAAGUAUUCGAUGGAGGUUAGUUCAGCUGCGUACAAGAGUAUGUGGCGUUUUGACAUGGAAGCUCUGCCGGCUGAUUUGAUCAGGAGAGGCAUGGCAGUUGAAGAUCCUUCGAUGCCUUGUGGCAUCAAACUCAUUAUUGAGGACUACCCAUAUGCUGCCGAUGGUCUCCUCAUCUGGUCAGCAAUAGAAGAUUGGGUUCAAGACUACGUCAACCAUUUCUACACAGACUCCAACAGUGUAUCCUACGAUGCAGAGCUCCAAGCUUGGUGGGAAGAGAUAAAGGACAAAGGACACACUGACAAGAGAAACGAACCAUGGUGGCCUAAUCUAAAUACAAACGAAGAUUUGACAAGAAUACUGACUAUAAUGAUAUGGACCUCAUCAGGACAACACGCUGCCAUCAAUUUCGGUCAAUACCCAUUUGGAGGUUAUAUGCCGAACAGACCAACAUUGAUGAAGAAACUAAUUCCUCAGGAGGAUAAUGAAGCUGAAUACGAGAAAUUUUUAUUGAAUCCUCAGCACGUUUUCUUGACAUCUGUGCCCUCACAGCUCCAAGCUACGCAAAUAAUGGCUGUUCAGGAUACGUUAUCUACUCAUUCACCCGAUGAGGAGUAUUUGGGUCAAGUUCAUGAGACUCAUUGGAUUAAUGAUGGGAAGAUUUUGAGCUCGUUUGAGAAGUUUUCAGCGAGAUUGGAGGAGAUUGAGGAGAUUAUAAAGAAGAGGAACAGAGAUUUCAGGCUUAAGAACAGAUGUGGUGCAGGGAUACCUCCAUAUGAGCUUCUUUUGCCCACUUCUGGUGCAGGAGUGACGGGUCGAGGAAUUCCAAAUAGCAUUUCUAUUUGAUUGCUUCACUAGAUUAGGGUUUUCAUUCUUGGCAACAUUUAGCAUUCUGGAAUGCUUGUAAGUUUUGUUUCAUUUGUGCAUGCCAAAUAUUUUUGCUGAAGAGAGUAUUUGAAACACAUCAGUUGCAUUUGUAACAUAUCGGUUUUAUUCGGCAAGCUUGAAGUGAAGUUAAUAAACUUGAUGUUAUUUAGUUAUGAGUA